CUCACGUGCCUUUGCCUCUCUCCCUCCUUCCCCUUUCCCUUUAUAUAUACACACACAAACACACUCCUCCCUUGCACUCCAUUCAUUCAUUCUCUCUCAUACAACCAAACACAUAUAGAAUUCCAAAAAGAAAACAAAACAAAGAAAUAAAAAGAUCAUGGCUCUGAGGAAGUCUAACAAGUUGCCACAAGCUGCAGCACUGAAGCAGAUGCUAAGAAGGUGUUCUAGUUUAGGGAGAAGACAAGGCGUUGGAGCUGAUGAGGAUGGACUCCCCGGUGAUGUACCAAAAGGACACUUUGCUGUUUAUGUUGGAGAGAACCGUAGCCGUUUUAUUGUUCCUAUAUCUUAUCUUUCUCACCCGGAGUUUCAGUCUCUUCUCCGGCGAGCUGAGGAGGAGUUUGGGUUUGAUCAUGAUAUGGGCUUGACUAUCCCUUGUGAAGAGGUUGUGUUCCGUUCUCUCACUUCAAUGCUCCGGUGAUGAUGAUGAUCAAUCAUCAUCAUCAUCUUCUUCUUCUUCUUC